AUGUCGAACGGUAUUGAAUGUGCCUUUCCUGCUGGAGAUGAAAGUGAUGAUAGCAGCAAUGAAUGGGACAUUGGAUAUGCCUGUAAUAAGGGAAGCCCUGACUCUGAGAUUACAGACUCGUCCGUUCCCGGUAAUAAUGAGGACAGUGUGUCUACGUUGAAGAGAGCCAUUAACGUUGGAGAUGUCCAGACAGUGCAGCAGCUGUUGGACAGUGGCAUGGAUGUGGAGACGCGUUUGAGCUUUGAAUGGACACCACUGAUGUGUGCUGUUCAUGUGGCCCACUGUGACUUGGCGAAACUGCUACUAGACCGUGGUGCAAAUGCAAACUUCAGCAGAGAUCACUACACUGUGCUGAUGGCUGCCUGCACAGCUGUGUCUGCCACCGAAGAGAAGAUCAGCAAGUGUGUUGAACUGCUACUGACCCGCAAUGCAGAUCCAAACGCGUACGAUCGUUCCCACAUGACCUGCGUGAUGCUGGCUGCCAGGGACGGGUAUACACAUGUCAUCAAUCUGUUGGUGUCUCAUGGAGCAGAAGUCAAUGCCCAGGAUGUCAGAGGCCACACGGCACUCACUAUAGCUGUGCAGUAUGGACAUGAAAAGGCUGUUUUAAAACUUCUUCAGCUUGGAGCUGAUAAAUCCGUCAAAACCAAAGCAGGGAAAACAGCAGCUGACCUCGCUUUCAAAAAACCUGAGAUAUCCAGGAUUCUUGCCUCCCCAAGAGACACUGUGAAUAACGGUGACGUGCUGUCCAAAACCGAGGCUCUGUCCAAGUUUUUCAAAAGGAAUCCACAAACAGCCUCCAAGGACAGUAUUUCAAAGCUGUGUGAUAUUGAGCUGCUGUUACAUGGACUGAAUCUGGAUUAUCUCUCUGACACAAUUCUUAAAAAUGAUGUAACAUGGAGCGACCUUCUGACUAUGGAGAAGGAGGACUUGGAAAAGAUUGGUGUCACAGACCCAGAAGAUCAGAGGAAAGUAUUGAGUGCAGUUCAGGAGAUGCACCUGGACAAAGUGGAACUGGAAACCUUGACAAAACUUGACAACAUAGACACCGGGAGUGAGGAGCUGUACAACUUCCUGAUCAGUCUGAGGCAGCAGUGCUGUUACCUGACUGAGACGGUGCAGGACGUCAUCAGCCGCUUCCCCCGCACUUCCUCCGAGCUUGUCUUGACACGGGACCCUAGAAAGGAAGCUCAAGCCAUCUGUGCCGAACUGGUAAUUCAGGCUGGGGACCUCCAAAAAGAAGUCACCUGCCUCAAAGAACUCCUGAGCAAGAUGGACCCUGCUGAGUUCUCGUGCCAGGUCCAACGGCCUAGUUCCCACGGUAACUGGAAGAAAUGGGCGCUGAAGAGGUUUGCACUGGGCAUGCUUGGAGCAGGGCUACUCCUGCUAUUUUCGCAAAGAAGGAACUUAAAGUUUUACUUUUGA